AUGGCGAGGAAAAGCGAAGAUGCAAACACAGUGUGUGGUUCCUCCAGUGAAUUGUCGUCAGGCCUUUAUUCGAACUUGUCUCUGCUGAGUCACAACAUACACACAAACGAACUGCAUGUGUUGAUCCGUUUGUAUGACGUCACAGGACGACCGAAAAGUCGCGGGGGAGAUGUGGUUACAGUGCGGGCACUUAGGCUUCCAUCUAGUGGUUCGAUGAAUACCAAAACAGAAGAGCCUGUUGCGGUCGUUGCUGGUACAGUGACCGACAACGGAGAUGGCACGUAUGUCGCCACUGUAAAGGUGUUUUGGUCGGGACCUACGGAGAUUCGUGCCAUAAUUGCUUCUCAAUACGCAAACUCCUGCAGGCGGUUCUUGGCCAUGGAGCUUUAUGGGGAUUCCGUGUAUUCUUUGAAGAGCCCUUACGGUGUGUGGGUCAUAUUUCAAGAAACAAAUUUUACAGAAAGUACACCUUGUUCUGCUGUGCCGAAUGUUGUAGGCUACGAUAAGAUAUGCAACCUAACAAAACACAAUUUUAACAUGACAAUUUAUUGUGGGCAACCUAAAAGUCGACAACUCUCUUGCAGAUCUCCUAUAGUUUUAUGGACACCUCGGAAAUUCGACGUACUUAAAAGAAACGAUUCCGGUAUUAUAUUUCGUCCACUUGUGGCUGAACUUAAAAACACAAUCGUAUUGAACAUUUCCGCAUCGUGUUCAAAUACAAAUAGAUACUUUGCGGGAGAGAAAAGUGUAUACAACUUCGAACUAAAUCAAACUGAGUGCAAAAUCCGAUCAGCACUGUUUUCAUGGAAUGAAACAUACCCAACAGGACUGGGGGUUAACCAUGGCUGGCGAAUGCUACACUGCCGCCACACGCAGGUCAGGGAUACAGCCACCAUCCGGCGCUGCUUCGCAGGGAAACGAUUUUACGUCAUGGGGGAUUCCACUGUGAGGCAGUAUUUCGAAAAUAUCAUAUCAAAACUUAACUCCUCAAAUCAUAUUCGAAAGAACGUUAAUGGUUUAUUAUUCACUGAUCCAAGACAGAAUAUGCAUUUUGAAUGGUCAAUCCAUUCUAUGCCGUACCACUGCGGGGGGAGCGUCGCCAAAUGUGUUUCUUCUUCCAUUGCUGGCAAACUUUGGGACAUACUAUACAAACGUUCAUUGUCCAUCGAUGGGUCUGAAAUAAUCAUUUUAAUAACAAUGAACACACAUCUCCAAAAGUACCCCCUGGAAGUUUUGCGAAGAAGACUAAGAAGUUUAGUUAAACCAAUUACCAUGUUGAAAGCAAAGUAUCCUCUUUCGAAAGUACUUUUUAAAGGGCCGCACCAGUGUUCACAAGAUGAUAAGUGGUUUGAUGUCAGAAUAGCCCUUAUGUACCGUGAAAUAAUUUAUGAGGAAUUAAACUCUAUUCUAGACAAGGUAAUUUACCUUGACACAUUUUCUAUAAGUGUCGCGUAUGGCAGCAUAAUGCUUCACCCAGAAGGCCAAACCCUGGAUGCUCAAAUUGAUCAAUUUCUGGCUUAUGUAUGCUGAGUAUCAUCCGAAAAAAAAUCCAUUCGCCUGAUAAUAAAAAUUAAAGGUAAUUUGAAAUUAUCUUUUACAUUCAAAUAAUACAGGCUAUACUAUAAGCCCAUUUCCUUCUGGAAUUUCGUAUCCUCCAUUUUCCCCCAGAACAUGGUAUUUACCUAAUUUUCCCACAAAAUAUGAUAUAAAGCCAUUUCCCUCUGGAAUUUCGUAUAUUCCCAUUUGCCUCCAGAAUACGGUAUUUACCUAAUUUUUCCACAAAAUAUGAUAUAAAGCCAUUUC